GCUGCACAUCAACCUUCGUCUUCAAGAGCUCUAUGCCACUUUUGUGUAGCUCUUGGUUUGUGCCAUUCGCGGAAUCCCUCGCCAGCCGCAAGAUGGAGUGGCUGGACAUCGCCAAGGACCUAAACGCCGGUACCAUCGGCGGCGUGGCUGGCAUUGUAGCCGGCCAUCCGCUGGACACCGUCAAAGUGCAACUACAGACCAGUCGCGAGGCUGGCGCCGGCGUCUUGCGGACUUUACGCCGAGUUGUUGGCUCGGAGGGCGCAGCGGGGCUGUACCGAGGCCUGCUGUCCCCAAUCCUGAGCAAUGCACCUAUCAAUGCUGUUGUAUUCGGUGUACAGGGCCAAGUAGUGCGUGGUCUACAGCAAGGUGAUGCUCCGUUGUCCAGUACUCAGCACUUUAUGGCUGGGUCCAGUGCUGGGCUAGUCCAAGUGAUCUUCGCGGCACCGUCGGAGCACGUCAAGAUCCAACUGCAGACUGGAGCUAUGGGGGCGGAACACAGCUCUCUAGUAGCUGGACGUACGAUUCUCAGGAGAUAUGGCGCCAGGACGCUGUUCAAGGGCUGGCAAGUGUGUCUACUGAGGGAUGUACCGGCGUUUGGAGCGUACUUCUGCGGCUAUGAAGCGACCAAGCGAUGGCUGACUGACGGACAGAGCGAGAAUGAGACGGAUUUUAAGCUUAUGAUGGCUGGAGGCAUCGCAGGGAUGUUGUCGUGGGUGGUGAGUAUGCCACAAGAUGUAGUUAAGAGUUGCGUGCAGAGUCAGAGCCUCGAGGGCAAGCAGAUGACUAUGACGCAAAUUGCAAGAACGAGGAUGCAGCAGGAGGGACCGGGAUUCUUCUUCAAGGGAUUCAGCGCCACAAUGCUUAGAGCGUUUCCAGUUAGUGCAGUGACGUUUCUUGUCUACGAGAAGACCAUGCAGUUCAUGUCUUGAGGGAGGGAUCCAAGUUCCGUGCGACUAUUCUGGAUAUUGCUGGUAGCGUGGAGUCAUUGGGAAUCGUUAUGUAGCGCGUGACAGCGGAAACUACAUGUAACUUGAAGAUAAUAGAAAUAGUCUAACCAAAACGAUAUGAAGAUGUUGUCGUAAGCCAUCUUAAAAAUAAACAAAAAAGUACCAAUUUUUUGUCGACUUCUGGCC